AUAGUAGUAACCUAAAUUUGACCCUAGCGAACGAGUUUCCAGAGUUUCCAGAGUUUCCACCACUACCACCGCAGACUGACAGCAAUGUUAUCCAGGGCAUGUUUGCAGGGUGUACGGAGGGGUGUGCAUGUCUUCAAGAGAUUCAACAGUACGCUUGUUGUUGUGGAACACAACAAUGAAAAACUGACACCAAUUACUCUCCAUGCCAUCACAGCUGCCACCAAACUGGGUGGUGAGGUCUCCUGUCUUGUAGCCGGAUCUCAGUGCGCUAAGGUUGCAGAGGAGGUUAGCAAGGUAGCUGGCGUGAAGAAGGUCCUCUUGGCAGACAGUGAUGCUUUCAAGGGGUUUCUUCCAGAGGCCUUAACUCCCCUUGUGCUGGCAACACAGAGCCAGUUUAAGUUCACACACAUCUUGGCAGGGGCCACAGCACUUGGAAAGAGCUUAGCACCAAGGGUCGCAGCUAAACUUGAUGUGUCUGCAAUCUCAGAUAUUAUUGGUAUCCAGUCACCUGACACGUUUGUGCGCACAAUAUAUGCAGGCAAUGCAAUCCAGACCCUCAAGUCGAAUGACAGUGUGAAGGUGAUCACGGUGCGAGGGACGGCCUUCGAUGCAGCCGAUGCAGACUCGGGCUCGGCAGCACAAGAGGAAGCUCCUGCCGCCACGCCUUCAGCAACAUCAGAAUUUGUGUCCCAGGAGCUCAGCAAGAGUGACAGACCAGACCUCACCAGUGCCAAGUCGGUCAUCUCAGGAGGGCGUGGUAUGAAGAAUGGUGAAAACUUCAAGAUGCUGUACGAUCUCGCUGACAAGAUGGGGGCAGCUGUCGGAGCAUCUCGCGCGGCUGUUGAUGCAGGCUUCGUCCCUAAUGACAUGCAAGUUGGACAGACAGGGAAGAUUGUUGCACCAGACCUGUACAUUGCUGUGGGAAUCUCCGGGGCUAUCCAGCACUUGGCAGGGAUGAAAGAUAGCAAGAUCAUUGUGGCCAUUAACAAGGACCCAGAAGCUCCCAUAUUUCAAGUGGCAGACUAUGGCCUUGUUGCCGACCUGUUCAAGGUUAUUCCUGAGAUGUCAGCGCUAGUUGACAAGAAGUGAGCGAUGCUGCGGUGGUGUGGAAGUAGUGGGGUUGUCACUGCCAGGCUGUGAUACAGUGUAUGCUAAACAUGUUUGUGUGGGAGUCAUAAUACUCUGAUAUAUGUCACCGAUUUAGUCAGAACGUGUACAAGUCACUAUGUGAAUGUUGAGUGAAUGAAAUAAAUUGUAAUUAUCCUAGAA